UCUCACAGCCCACAGCGCAACCGACUUGAUCGCGCAGCCCGCUACCUCGCCUUGAUCCCAUGUUCCCCCGCUCCCGGCCGCGAUGGUGUACAUCUUCGGCCUUGCAGUAGUGUUCCUCUGCGUGGUUGUCUUCUGGGUGGUACGCGCCCUCAUUAACAAAGUCCGGAACUGGCACCGCCGGCGGCAGCCCAGCCUCCCGCCGCCCGUCACGCAGCCGACGCUCAGCGAGACAGCGGAACACGUCUUUGCGCGCUUCAUGUCGAGCACGAUGGCCGAGGACGUGUUCGACCCCGUGCCGCCGCCGCCCGCGCGCCGCCGCAGCAGCGUCUACUCGGGCGUGGUCCGCGCGCACCCCGAGUGCGACAGCGACCCCGACCUCCCGCACUACUGUACGAGUCCGUAUCCGCAGGCUGACAACAGCGUCGAGCCCCACGGCGAGCCGCCCGGAACUCAUCAUCAUCGAGGACGAAGACUUGCCGCCGCCGCUGACGCCGCGCACCGGCACGCCUGUGGCAGACGCGCCGGGAUACACGACGCGGCCCGCGACGCCGUUGCGCAUCACGUCCGACGCCCCGCCAGAACAGGUCAUGACCUUCGUCGGGCGCGUCAUCCCCUUCGCGCCGUAUGCGGCCCCAGCUACCCCACCCGCCCCAGCGGCUGUACAGCACGUCGCGUUUGCGCGUGGCAUCGCGCAGCGCGAGGAUAUGCCCGCGCGCCCGCCUGCCGCGCGCCGGAAACACAACCAGCGCCGCGCAAGGCCCGUGACGGAGUUUGCAUUUAUCGCGGCAAUCUAGAGCUAUAAUCCAGUUGUUGUGAUGAACUGAUAAUGUUUUCGGUC